AUGGAUGUCCUCACACCUCCCAACAACGUGACUGAGUUUGUUCUCUUGGGACUCACACAGAAUCCACACUUGCAGAAAAUGCUCUUCAUUGUCUUUUUACUUAUCUUCCUAUUAACUGUGUUGGCCAACCUGCUCAUUGUCAUAACCAUCUCCCUCAGCCCCACACUUUCAGCUCCCAUGUACUUCUUUCUCACUCACUUAUCCUUCAUAGAUGGCAUCUUCACCUCUGUCACAACCCCCAAACUGAUAACUGACCUGCUGUACCAGAGGAGAACCAUCUCCUGGAGUGGCUGCCUGAUUCAGAUCUUUCUGGAACACAUAAUGGGAGGUUCAGAGAUCAUCCUUCUCAUUUCCAUGUCCUAUGACCGCUACAUGGCCAUCUGCAAGCCUCUGCACUACAUGACCAUCAUGAGACAGGGGCUCUGCCAGCUCCUGGUGAUGGUGGCCUGGAUUGGGGGCAUCCUGCAUGCCACCGUGCAGAUUCUUUUCAUUGUCAACUUGACCUUCUGUGGUCCCAACGUCAUUGAUCACUUCAUGUGUGAUUUCUUCUCACUGUUGGAACUCGCCUGCAGUGACACCUACAAGCUGGGCAUCAUGGUGGCAGCUAACACUGCAGGAAUGUGCUUAGUGUUUUUUAUCAUGCUCCUCGUCUCCUACACAGUCAUCCUGCACUCUCUGAAAUCCCAUGGCUCUGAAGCACGACGCAAAGCCCUCUCUACAUGUGGCUCCCAUUUCACGGUAGUGGUGCUCUUUUUUGGUCCCUGUAUAUUCACCUAUAUGCGACCUGUGGUCACUUACCCUGUGGACAAAUUUGUGGCUAUGUUCUUUGCAAUCCUCACUCCCAUGUUAAAUCCCAUCAUUUACACAGCGAGAAACACAGAGGUGAAAAAUGCCAUCAGGAAUUUGUUGAAGAGAAGAGUGACUUAG